AUCCGCCUUUUCCAGCCGCCACUUUCUGCAGGCCAUUUCCACCAAGGAAAAGGAAUCGUAUCGUAUGUCCGCUAUCCAGAACCUCCACUCUUUCGACCCCUUUGCUGAUGCAAGCAAGGGUGAUGAUCUGCUUCCUGCUUGCACUGAGGAUUAUAUCCAUAUAAGAAUUCAACAGAGAAACAGCAGGAAGACCCUUACUACUGUCCAAGGGAUCACUGAUGAUUAUGAUAAAAAGAAAUUAGUGAAGGCGUUUAAGAAGAAAUUUGCCUGCAAUGGUACUGUACUUGAGCAUCCAGAAUAUGGAGAAGUAAUUCAGCUACAGGGUGACCAGCGCUAGAACAUAUGCCAGUUCCUCGUAGAUGGACUGGCUAAGGACAAUCAGCUGAAGGUUCAUAGGUUUUAAAUGCUUCUGGCUCACUGAAACUUACGUGAGGAUUUCCUUGCAAUGAGCAAAAUUUUCCUUCUGUCCCUUGUCACAAAUUUAAAAACCUCACAGCUUGUAUAAUGUAACCAUUUGGGGUCUGCUUUUAACUUGGACUAGUGUAACUCCUUCAUGCAAUAAACUGAAAAGAGCCA